CUUGCUGCUACUAAUUAAACGGUUUCAAGCAGUCCAUCACUUCCUACUGUACGAAGCUAUGUGUUGGCCGACAGGGAAGCGCGCGGAGCGCGGCUAUCUACUCCUUCGCGCCGCUCGGGAGCCAUGGAGGAGCGGACACUGAAGGGAAGGAAGCAGCGACCGGAGCACUGCAGCAGCAGCGGGUCCACAGUGGCGGCGGUUCAGACAACGGUCGGUCCACGUUAUCUGCAAACAGCACGACCGCAACUGUAACUGACGGGAACACAAUGGUGACCUGGAGUAAAGUUUCCGUCAUAUGUGAAGAAGCUGUUGUCACUGAUGUCCAGCUCAACUUUCCGUUAAGUGGGAUUGUGUUAGUCUCGAUGGGAUCAUAGCGACCGUGCAGAGUUUGUUUCACUCCUGUGUUCUUGUCCGGUAAAAAGCCAUCUGCCUCCCCGGGGUAAAUCUGGCGCACUGUCGGCCCCGUAGUGGCUCUUUAAUAUUUUAAACCCGACAUCCGUGGAGGUCAACAUGGGGGCAAAGCAGAGCAGCCCGCCUGCUGAUCCAGCUGCCAACGGACGGACCAGAGCCUACUCGGGCUCGGACCUGCCGUCCAGCACGUCCAGCAGCGGCGGCGGUCAUGUCAGCAGGAGCACCGCCGGAGGUGGCAGCAGGUACCAUGGGUACAGUGCGCCCGGAGCCUCGUCCAGCACCAGCCAGGACAUAGGAGCCAGAGGAGGCAGGUCUGCAGGUGCCUCAGGGGGAUCGAGGACCAGAUCUCGGUCCGGCAUCAACAUUCCGAACAGCAGCGGAGUCUACAGUUCCCCGGAAUCCGAAGGCAGCAGCCCGGAGGAGGCGGCGGCAGCAGCAGCGGCGGCGGAGAGGGAGCACGAAGGUCCCAGGCUGCUGAUAGGAUCAUUACCAGCUCAUCUCUCCCCUAAUCUGUUUGGAGGCUUCAAGUGCCCCGUGUGCUCCAAGUUUGUGUCCUCGGAUGAGAUGGAUCUUCAUCUGGUUUUGUGUUUAACCAAACCCAGAGUGACAUACAAUGAGGACGUCCUCACUAAGGAUGCAGGAGAGUGUGCUAUCUGCCUGGAGGAGCUCGUACAGGGAGACACCAUUGCUCGUCUGCCCUGCCUCUGCAUUUAUCACAAAGGCUGCAUCGACGAGUGGUUUGAAGUGAACAGGUCAUGUCCGGAGCAUCCGUCAGAUUAACGCUUUUUUUGCACAGCAGGUUCCCCUCAAAGAGUGAUCUACUUUCUUAAAGUGUGGAUCCUGAGAGGCUGCUGUCACCACUGUGACCACUGUGAUCAGUCAUCCACCCCCAUCCCCGAGAGAUAAUGUACUACCGUGGUGUGCCAAAUGUCAUUUCAACUAUCUUCAGGGAUUUAGACUUUAUGUUCGUGUUUGAGUUGCACAUCCAUACACUCGGUGUAGACUGGAGCAGCUGAUCUCCACCUCACUUCUGCUGCCCUGAUGUUCAGCACUACGACGGGGCAGGACGCUUCUUCCCGGGGGUCACUGGAGAGCAGCUGUCAGCGGAUUGUACACCAGGACACUGGAGGAGGUGGACCAUGGGCCUGCAGGCAGCGACCGGGUGCAGGGGAGGGGAGGGGAGGGGGUGGAUUACCCCUCCCCUUCUUCCUCCCCCUGGCCCUCCCCUGCCCCCUCCUCCUUCAGCAUCAGUGUCCACCAGUGCCUUGUUGUAGUGACGUCUGGCCACAGCAGGGCGGCACAGAGGAGUCAAAAACCAUCAGCGGAGAUGAAUGGACCAACUGGUCGGACCUGCACCACCAUCUCACAGCAAAAACUGCAUUUCUGCCAGUUCCAGGAGAAACAAGCCAGACACAGAAUCAGCAGCACGGACACGUUCAGAACUGAGGCUGCUACAGCUGCUGCAACAAUGGUGCCAACACACACACACACACACACACACACACACACAUAACCAGUGAUCCUUGGCUUUCUUCAAAAUGCCCCAAAAAACACCAGAGUUUUUGCUUAUCCAGAGAGUAGUUUUGGAAAUUGUGGAGAGCCAAAAAAAAAAAAAAAAGAUUUAAGACCCCAUGAUAUGGCUCUCAGAGAACUCAUUCAGAGUUUCCACAUAUUUACGUAGGAUGACUCAUCCUCAAGCACUGUGCUGACCCGACCUGCGUCGCUCUGUUCGCUCUCCAUCCUCAGCAGCUCAGCAUCACGUAGCAGCUAAACAUUUAUGGCCUCACUCCAGACAUUUCCUCCUUCUCAUCAUCUUCUUCCUCUUCAGUUCAGGUGGUGGUGGUGUGAAGCCCCUCCACAGCCAAGAGAGUUUAGCUGUGUCUUCAUGCUGUGUUGAAGCUGCAGUGGUGCUAUUGGCUCAUCUCAAUGCAGCACUUUUUGAACUGGAUAUACAUAAAAUGUGCGGAAGGCAGAGAGCGAUGUCAUGGGGGUUCUUUAAAUCUGAUUCAAACCGGAUUUAGAGUUGGUUUGAAGUCCAAUUUCUACAGAUGCAUCUCAGUCUGAACACACUGGGCGCUCAAAUCACACGACAAGUGUUCACUAAACAUCGCACUGCAACGCGACGUGUCAAUUGUUUGAUGAGCGAGAUGACACACCUCCAUUUCCUUCCCCUGCGUCUUUGUUUCAAAGCGGCGCCACAAACGUGGAGCACCUACAUCGUUACCAAAGCAACCCCAUGCCUGGACACACAAAUCCAAUUUGACCUUUUGGAAAUGACCUGUGUGGACAGUCUCCAUGGAAAGAUCGCAUAUCAGAGGAAAAGAAAAUCUGAAUUGCCUGCAGUCUGAUCAUUGCCUUUAUUAUCAACGUAGAGUGGAGGUCUUGAGUUGCAAAAAAACAAACCCUACCCCCAACCUGAAUGUAUGGCGGCGCUUUGUUGCCACUGUGACAAACAAAAUGUGAUUUUUUUCUUUUUUCUUUUAAUCAAUGCGAUAAUAAAACCACAGCUUACGUUC